ACUUAACACAUGCUUUAAAGCAGUACUCCUCCCACUGGCAACGAACGCGUACACAACUGAACUGAACAGCGAUGACCGUCGUGGCACCCUUGUACACUCUUCCUAUCUCCGAGCGACCUCGACAGCCAUGGCGUCGCACCUUCUCUGCUGUAUUAUUCUUUCUUGUAUUCAAUCUCGGCUGCCUUAUGGACAACGCCUCUCAAUUUGUGUUCUUGCUACCUCUUCGGCUCCUUCCUUUUGGGUGGUCCAGAGCACUGUACGUGGAUGGCAUCCGGUAUACCAAGGGCGCAUUCGGGUGUCUCCUCAUCCUGAUGUGCCAGUGGUUUGCCCCGACAAAGCUCAUUGUAUCAUUCGAGACAACGGGUAUGGGCUGCUUCACUCCGGAGGACAUUGAUCGUAUCGUCGUAAAGGAUAAGAAGGGUGAUGUGGUGUCCUUGAACCUGCCUACCAAGUUCGUCAUGAUAGCCAAUCAUCAGAUUUACUUGGACUGGUUGUAUGAAUGGUGCUUGUUGUAUUUCAUCGGGCCUCAAGGGGUUCACCGAUAUGUGUACAUUACAUUAAAGAAGAGCCUUCAAUGGAUUCCAGUCGUCGGAUGGGGCAUGCAAUUCUUCAAUUUCAUCUUUCUCGCGAGGUCGUGGGCAUCCGACCGAGUACAGCUAUCAGCUAGCCUUUCCGCAUUAGGAUCUGAGGCUGAAAAGCAGGAUAAUCCACUGGCGUUCAUUCUGUAUCCAGAAGGAACACUCGUUAGUCAAGACACGAGGCCUAUUAGCAAAAAGUUCGCCGAUAAAAUGGGAAUUGCUGAUAUGACCCAUACGUUACUGCCUCGGUCGACUGGACUGCACUACAGUCUGCGUUCAUUAUCGCCGCGCAUACCGGACCUCCGUUUGAUAGACGUCACAGUGGUAUACCCAGGUAUACCUCCUUUGCAUUAUGGACAAGACUUUUAUACCCUGCGUUCUGUGUUUUUCGACGGUAUCCCACCUCCCGUGAUUCACAUGCACCUCCGGAUGUUUGAUGUCGCGCGGGAGGUACCGAUUGGCGAUCUAUCGGGGAGCAAUCCUGGGGUGUCCCCGAAGACGGAGCCUAUGGUCGAGGUGGAUAUACCCGAGAGAGAAAAGAAAGGGUUUGAUGAAUGGCUGAAAGGGCUCUGGAAGGAGAAGGACGACUCAAUAGGAAUGUUUUACGAGGCCAACUCGUUUGCCCGUGAAAAAGUGGCGCAGGUAGAAAUUCCUCUUAAGCUGCGGCGGAAGCGUGAAAUGCUUGAUGCAUUUUGUUUCUUCUUACCGGCGGCCGUAGGUUGGGCAUGGGGGAAGUGCAAGAGAUAUUAAACGUAUGUAAGACGAGGGAUACAAUAUACUAGA